AUGCACCGGAAAGUGGGAAGCAUCUUUAAGUUAAAGGGCCAUUCCAAAAACACUAGAUUACAUGAUAUGAGUUCAGAAGCUCAGGAAGUUUACGUGGCCAAUUUGAAAUUGGUGCUUUUAGGGGAAUCUUCUGUGGGAAAAACUUCCAUUGUUACGAGGUAUACCACUGGUAACUAUCAAAAGACAAAUGCAACAAUUGGUGCUGCUUUUUUCACAAAGGCAAUAAAUGUACCUUCAGAAGAUGGUGUUGUUCGUAAAGUCAAUGUAGAAAUAUGGGACACAGCCGGUCAAGAGAGGUAUAGAUCAUUAACACCCGUAUACUAUAGAAAUACAGACGCCGCAUUCAUAGUAUUUGAUGUAACUAAGCCAGAAAGUUUAGAAAAAGCCCAUAGCUGGAUUGAAGAGUUAAAUGAGUAUUGUUCCAGUGACAGGCCUGAAAAUGAGAUAAAUACCAUUGUUGUGGGUAACAAGAUUGAUUUAGAUCAUGGACCGUUCGAAACUGAUCUACAGUAUGUUUUAGUGAGUGCAAAGACAGGUGAAGGAAUUGUAAAAUUAUUUGAAAAAUUGGCCCAAAGUGUACUAAAUGAAAAAUAUGUUAGGGAAGAAACACUCGAAGAUUUACCGAAGGAUCCCUUUAAGAUGAAAAGACGGAAAGAAACGUGCAGUUGCUGA